CUGUGUCUAUCAUCCGUAUAAUGUAUUUAGGGUAAUAAUACUCGAGAUUAAUGUAAUAGUUUAUCCAAAUCUGUGCUGAAAUAGAGUCGUGGUGACCCCAUAACAGCUUAGCCUGCUACCACACAAGCUAGCUAACCAGCUAACUAGCCCUGCUUCAGGACGGUCACUGCUACUAGCCAACCCUGCUAGCUAGUUAGCUUAGUGAUACCAAGUAGCUAACGCUGCAUCUUAAUUUCCAGUGACAGGAGACAUGACACUUUGAGCUGGGAUCUUGAAUGGAGUGAGUGUUGAGCCCCAAUGAGAUGACUGACCAGGGCAACAACAACCAGAAUAUCUCCUGCAACCCCUUUGCUGCCCUCUUCAGCUCACUGGCUGAUGCCAAGCAGUUUGCAUCAGGCCAGAAACCACAACAGUCUGCUGAACCACCACUGGAGGACUCGGGAGAGAGCCAGUCCGAGUCAGAAAACUCUGUGUCAGACAGCGUCGAUGAAAAUGACGACUCUGUGGCAGAGAUCAGUCGUUCGUUUCGGUCCCGUCAGGAGCUCUGUGAACAGCUCAAUGUCAAUCACAUGAUCCAGCGAAUAUUUCUCAUCACUCUGGACAACAUAGGUGACCCGAGUCUGAGAGGAGGCAAUGGGAUCCCUCCCCGCUGUGUUUACCUUGAGGAGAUGGCUGCAGAUCUGGACGGACAGGACUGGCUGGACAUGGACAACAUAGAACAGGCUCUGUUUAACCGUCUGCUGCUGCUCGAGCCAGGAAACCACCUCAUCUACAUGACGUCAUGCAGCGCUGUUAACCUGUCUGCUGACCGUGAUGCUGGAGAGAAGUGUGCCAUCCCUUACCUAUUCGCUUGUUACCAGAGGGCCAAAGAAGAGGUGACGAAGGUACCAGAGAAGUUAUUGUCAUUUGCUGUUCGGUGUAAGAACCUGACAGUCUCUAAUACGAGGACGGUUCUGCUAACCCCGGAAAUAUAUGUCAGCCAGAAUAUCUACGAACAGCUUCUGGACCUGCUACUGGAAGCCUUCAAUGGAGCACAGCCAGAAGAGGUGAUCGAGUUCGUGGAGGAGGUCAUCGCUGGCCUGCUCUCUGACCAGGAGGUGCGCACCUUUGAAGAGGUGAUAGUGCCAGUGUUUGAUAUCUUCCAGGGGCGGAUCAAAGACCUGGACCUGUGCCAGCCUGUUCUUUACUCCUACCUAGAUGUUCUGCUGUAUUUCAGCCACCACAAAGAUAUUGCCAAGGUAUUGGUGGAGUACAUCCAGCCCAAAGACCCAGCUAAUGGUCUACAGUACCAGAAGACUCUAUUGGGAGCAGUGUUGAGUAUCUCCUGCUUGUUAAAAACCCCAGGUGUGGUGGAGGGACAUGGCUACUUCCUGAACCCUUCCCGCUCCAGUGCCCAGGAGACCAAAGUCCAGGAGGCCAACAUCCACCAGUUCAUGGGCCAGUUUCAUGACAAGCUGCACCAAAUCCUGAAAAACUUGCUCCAGCGAUCUGGUGAGACCCGCCACUUGCUGCUUACGUGGUUGGGGAGUUGUCUGCACGCUAACGCUGGCCGGGCAAAGAUCUGGGCCAAUCAGAUGCCAGAGAUCUUCUUCCAGAUGUAUGCCUCGGAUGCUUUCUUCUUAAAUCUGGGUGCAGCACUUCUGAAACUGUGUCAGCCUUUCUGCAAGCCUCGCUCGCCCAAACUGCUCACCUUCAACCCAACUUACUGUGCCCUCAAAGAGCUGAGCGAAGAAGAGAGGCGCAAUCGCAAUGUGCAUGCAAGAGGUCUUGACAAGGAGACGUGUCUGAUCCCUUUGCCUCCUCAGCAGCCUGUGGAGUCUGCACAGUCUUACAGUCUGCUGACUGAAAAUCUCAUCCUCACACAACUCACCAUGCAUCUUGGCUUCCACAGACUCCAUGAGCAGAUGGUGAAGAUGAACCAGUCCCUCCACCGGCUCCAGGUGACAUGGCAGGAGGCACAGCGUUCAGGAAACCCCAUGUCAGAGCAGCUCCUGGAGCAGUUUGAGCGUCUGAUGAUUGUUUACCUGUCAACCAAAGCUGCCACCACGCAGCCGGCCAUGCUGCAAUGCUGCCUUAACCUCCAAGCUUCCACCGGUGCUCUGCUGGUGCAGCUUGGUGUUGGGAACCAGGGGCCUGAACAUGUAGCACUCAGUUUUCCCCUGCCCUCCCUACAGAGUACUAUGCUGUGUUAUGUUCCAGAGUUUUUUGCGGAGAACUUGGGAGACUUUUUCAUCUUCCUACGUCGAUUUGCAGAAGAUGUUUUGGAGACUUCUACAGAAAGUCUGGAGCAGAUUCUUAACUUCAUUACUGUCUUCAUGGGAAAUGUAGAGAGGAUGAAGAACCCCCAUUUACGCGCAAAGCUGGCCGAGGUCUUAGAGGCAGUGAUGCCACAUAUGGAGCCGCUCGCUCCCGGUGCUGUUCAACCAAUCGUGUUCCAGCGUGAGCGGGUCUUCUGCUCCUACAGGCAUGCAUCCCAGCUGGCAGAGGCCCUCAUCACUGUGUUUGUAGACAUCGAAUUUACAGGUGAUCCUCAUCAGUUUGAACAGAAGUUCAACUACAGAAGACCCAUGUACCCUAUCCUUAAGUACAUGUGGGGUAAAGAGAGCUACAGAGAGAGCAUCAAGCAUUUGGCGCACUAUGCAUCUGAAAACCUGGAGGCCAUGAACCCCCCUCUGUUCCUCAGGUUCCUGAACCUUCUGAUGAACGAUGCCAUCUUCCUCCUGGAUGAGGCCAUCCAGUACCUGAGUAAAAUCAAGGUUCUGCAGCUGGAGCGUGAUCGAGGGGAAUGGGAAGGCCUGGCCCCUGAUGCCCGGAGAGAGAAAGAGUCCAGCCUGCAGAUGUUUGGACAGCUGGGACGCUUCCACAACAUCAUGUCUAACGAGACCAUCGGCACACUGGCCUCCUCACCUCAGAGAUCAAGGGGAUCUUUGUGCACCCCUUCUUAGCUGAGAGGAUCAUCUCCAUGCUCAACUACUUCCUGCAGCAUCUGGUGGUCCUAGAUGGGAGCCCUUAAAGUCAAGGACUUCAGUGAGUUUGACUUCAAGCCCCAGCAGCUUGUUUCUGACAUCUGUACCAUCUACCUGAACCUGGGAGAUGAGGAGAAUUUCUGUGCCACAGUCCCAAAGGAUGGACGAUCGUACUCUCCGACACUCUUCUCCCAAACAGUCCGUGUAUUGAAGAAGAUAAACAAGCCUGGGGAUAUGAUCGUGGGUUUUGGACUCCUCGCUGAUAAAAUAAAGUCACAUGCAGACAGACAGCAGCAGGAAGAGGAGACAUAUUCGGACGCCCCAGAUGAGUUUUUGGAUCCCAUCAUGUCGACUCUUAUGCUUGAUCCUGUGCUCCUCCCUUCCUCCAAUGUCACAGUCGACCGCUCCACUAUAGCAAGGCAUCUCCUCAGUGAUCAGACAGACCCUUUUAAUCGCAGUCCUCUAACCAUGGACCAGAUCAGGCCAAAUGAGGAACUCAAACAGCAGAUCUUACAGUGGCUGGAUAAGCAUAAGCAGGAGCGGCUGCAGAUGGGGCCCAGCGGCUAGCUCCCGAUCUGUAACAGACAAUGACCACAACUUAGCUCCCUUUUCCUGGCUCAUAUCUCACCUGCUCCUCUGCUUUUCGGCUAAUCCAUGAGGUGCUUGCCUCAGUGGGAGUCCCAGGACUCCGCUGGUCUCCCUUACAUAGCAUCUGCUUCCUCACGCAGCCUUUACGCUUUGUGGAUUCUCUCCGACGGCAAACUGUGGCACUUCAGGAUCCAUGCACAGUAGCUAUUUGACUCCGAUGACACCCUGUGGUAACAUUAGUGGGGUGGUAAACCCUCUCUGGUUCCUCUCUCCCUGAAUACUGUGUAUUAGCUAGUUAUUAUUACAACCAGAACUGUGGCCAGAAGUAUCAGUUUCAACAAGACUUGUUGAAUGUACUCUUUGAACUCCUGACCAGAUUUUAUACAGCAAGGUAAGUAUUUUUGGGAACUCUUCAUUCGGAACAUUGAUGAGAACGUUUAUGAUUUCACCUUGAGUUUACAUACAUUAUGCACUGCCUUUUCAAGUUUUUGAACGCCCCAUAUUAGAGCACUUUUGGUUAAAUUUUAAUUAACAUUGUAAAUAAAUGAGCAUUUAAAAUAAGGUAUGAGUAAAACUACAUUACAUUUCUGUGUUAUUUUUAUUUAAUUGUAAUUAUCACAGAUAUAUCAACUGUAAUAAGAUACCUGAAGCACAAAACCACUGUGAUAUGUGUAUUGAAACAUUUAAAGGUCUGCAAUCCCUUAUGUGCACCUGUCUUUAACCAAGCAUUUAGUAAAGAUAACACAAGGAUGGGAGGGCUCGCUAAUGAAGAGGUUGUUGGUCAUGAGGACUUAAACUUUGUUAUUGUUAUUACUCAAUAAUAAAGCUAAUCUGAACCACAAUUAAGGAUGUAGCACGCACAAAAGUGCAUUUAAUUAAUAUUAAAUGAAUUGACAGAAUUGAGUCUAUUAUUGCUCAGAUGUUAAAUGUGGCAUUCAUGGACUUGAUGGUUUGAUCUUGAUUAGUUCACAGUUGCUGCUAUGAGGGGCUGUGACGAUAUCUAAAAAUAGUCCUCAUUUAAAGAGUAACACCUUUCUCAAACCACUGUCAGUAUAACUUUCUCAAAUUAAAAAUAUCCCAAAUUCCUCCCUUCAAAGCAAAAAAAAUUCAUCCAUCUGUUGUCGCUUUCUUUUUGAUUCUCCUCAUGAUAAACUCUCAUCCUUGUGUACAAUCUGUGGAACAGCCCUUUAAGAAACUUAACAGUCCUUUUGACAAAAAGUAAUCUGAAAAAUGUAACUAAGCAUUUGCUUAAUUGUCAAAAUCAUACAUCUUGAAAAAUUAAUCCAGAAAUGUCUUCUGCUUAGAUUUUGACCAAGAUCUGGAAUCCUUCUAUUUUUCAAUGCACAAUGCACAAUUUUCAUGUUAUUUGUUUCAACGCCUCCCACUUAAUUUCUGAACAUUUCUCUUGAGAUUAAACCAGAAAAAGACAGAAUAUCGGGUGUUCAACCAUUUUUGAUUGGCAGUGUAUAUAACAGUCAUUACAAUCCCUUAAUUAACAUCGACCAGAUUAACUGAUACCAUGUUCUAGCAUUUUGAACAUUUUUGUGUGUGUGCAAGUGUAGUUUAUUAACACAUGGGCAAACAAUUGAUCAAUAGAAUCUGUGCCUAAUACCAAGAGCCUUGCAGUAAAUUUCUGCAAAUGAGGAUCUGAGUUGUCUCAUACCCCAAGGAGACGUAAUUAUUGGUUUGUUUUUUCGGGCAUAGAGGGAGCUGUGGGUUGAAAAUUAAUGGACGAAGAUCAGAAAAAUUAAGUUUUAUGACUAUCUUUCAAUUAUUUAAAUUUAAAUCAAAUGGUGUUGUAUAAACGUCAAUGUGAGAGAAGGAUCAGUUUAUGUUGGCCUCAUAUCAUGCCCUCAUAUUGUAUGUUGAAUAUCUACCACCUGAAUGAUUACAUGGGUUAAAUUAUAAUGCAAUAUUUUUGUUUUAACUGUGAUCAUAAAAUGUUUAUUUUGGAUGUACAGUAUGAUUAAUAAAUAAAACUAAUGUGCGUUAUAUAA